GCGACACCGGAAGUGGCUGUGACCGGGAGGGUCUGAGUGGAGUUAGGCGUCCGGCUCCCUUGGAGCUGGGGGUUUCGCGACUGUCAGCUCGUGGGACUACACUUGGGAGGGCCUCGCGCCGGGACUCGUCCUGCGGUGGAUGCUGUGAGGACCCAUCCAGCAUGGACCGGGAGGCGGCCGCGGGAGGCAGGGAGGCCUCCUCGCAGCUCCGCCCCCACAGCCCUGCCAGCCCCGAGCGCAGAGGGGAAGGAGGAGGAGCCUAAGGAGGCCGUCACUGAGCUCUGGAGGCCGAGGCCCGUGUCUUGGGCGGAAGCUGCAGCGUCAGCAGGGCAGCUCCUGGACUCCUGGGAGAGCCUGUUCCCGCCUUCCCCAUCCUGCCCGCUCUGUCUGUGCCUGUCAUCUCCCUCCUGUGAGGGCCCCUGAGGUCAUGGAGGGUCAUCUCCCUGUCUCAAGUCCCGUAGCCACACCCACAAAGCCCCUUUCCCGGGUGAGCAGCCGGAGGAGGGGCCUGUGCAGUCCGUGCUCGGUUGUUGAGGAAUCUUUCCUUGUUGUGAAAGCUCAGACGCCGGAACCUGCUCGCGGCAAACACCUGGCUUCGUGAAGGCGCCGCCCGGACCAGGCAUGAGCACGGUUACCCACCCAGAAGCCACGAGCGGGCCCCGUCAGAGCCCUCUGCUGUCCCCCGUACAUUAGCAGCAAGCUGGAUCAGAAGCGGAGCAGUCGGGACUCGAACCAGCGCUCCGGAGAUGCCGGUGUCACAGGUGGAAGCUUCAGCCGCUGAACCAGAACACUGGGCCCUGGCAGCCUGAGUGCAGAGGGCCUCGUGAGGCUCAGCGGCAUAGCCAUGGACUUCACCUUGGAAGACUGGGAGCAGCUGGGGCUGGACCAGGGGGACCUGUUCUGGGACACGGCGCUGGACAACUACCAGAACCUCUUCCUGCUGAACCCCCUGAGACCCACCCUGACCGCCUGUUCAGAUGGUUUGGAAGAGCUGGAGGCCCUGGCAAGAAGCAGCCCAGCAGCAGUGGGCCCUGACACGGCGCAGAGCGAGCCCGCCACGCUGACGCGCGAGUUCCUGGAGGAGGGCCUCUCCCUGGAGAUCCUGGAGACGUUUUCCAAGGACGACUUGUGCGGCUCCAGCUUCGAAGACGUCUGCAUAGACGAGAGCUGGUUAGAUAGUUUGCUGGGCGAUCCCAAGAGUCCUCUGAGGGCUGAUGUCCCCAACACGGACAGUCCUGCCAAAUGCGAGGGUCGCGCACUCGAGCAGAGCCCCAGUCCUGGCUCCCAGCUUCCCACCGAGGAGGAAUCGGUGGUGCCGGAUCCUCCGGCGGAGAGCCCCACGCCAGCCAAGUCCGAGGAGUGCCAGGCUGACCCGGGCCCUGGCUCAGCCCAGAGGCAGCAGGGCGCCAGGCAGGGCGCUGAGCAGGGUGCCGGGCAGGGCACCGAGCAGCCGUACAAGUGCAACGAGUGUGGGGUGCGUUUCAGCAGCACCCACCACCUCAUCCUGCACUGGGUGGGCCACGCCAGGGAGACGCCGGCUGCGCGGCACGAGUGCCCGUUGGAGAGAGCUUUCUUCCAGAAUCCCUGCCUUCCUGCCCGCCCGGCGCCGCCCACCGGCCAGCAGUCCCACGCGUGUAACCAGUGCGGACAGACUUUCGCCCAGAGCGCGCAGCUCCUGUGGCAUCAGAAAACCCACGCGGGGGGAAGGCCGAAUGAGAGCGCCGAGGCCGCCGGGCCCAUGGCACCGCAGACGCCACAGACACCACAGGCGGCCGAGGUGCUGCCGUGCGGGGGCCCUGUCCUCACACAGCACCAGCCAGCCCAGAGACGCUACCAGUGCCCCCAGUGCCAGGAGGCGUUCGGCCUCAGGAAGCUCUUGGUGCGGCACCAGAGGACGCACGUCGCCAGGGCCCUGGCCGCCUGCCCGGAGUGCGGGAAGACCUUCCGGCAGAGCUCCUCGCUCAUCGAGCACCAGGCCACGCACACCGGGGAGAAGCCGUACAAGUGCAGCGAGUGCGGGAAGGCCUUCAGCCACGCAGCCACCCUCAAGAUCCACCAGCGCGGCCACAGCGGCCAGCAGCCCUUCCGGUGCGGGGAGUGCGGGAAGACGUUCGGCCGCAGCAGCCACCUCAGUGAGCACCGGCGCGUGCAUACGGGCUACCGGCCCCACCAGUGUGGCCAGUGCGUCCGCAGCUUCAACCGGCCCUCCCACCUGCUGCGCCACCAGCUGGCCCACGCCGCCGAGCAGCUGCACCGCUGCGGGCAGUGCCAGGCGGCCUUCAGCCACAAGGAGCAGCUGGAGCGGCACCAGCAGACGCACGGCGUCGAGCCGCCGCACUGCUGCCCGCAGUGUGGGGAGCGCUUCCUCUGCGGCGCCACCCUGAGCUGCCACCUGCGCGGCCACGGCCACGGCGCUGAGAAGCAAGGCCCAGACACCAGCGGGGGGCCGCUGGCGGAGGCCGCGGAGGCCGCGGAGCCGCCCGCACCCCUGAGGCCUCCUGAGAAGCCCUUCAAGUGCGACGAGUGCGGGAAAACCUUCGGCUGCAGCAAGUACCUGGCUCAGCACCAGAGGGUCCACGCCAGCGUGAAGCCCUUCGCCUGCGCCCAGUGCGGGAAGGCCUUCGGCCACCCCGCGCAGCUCGCCCGCCAUCAGAGAGCCCACGGAAGCGAGAAAGCCGCACCCGGUGAGGCCUCCCUCCCCAAGCAGCAGCCCCCGCCCUCGGACGAGACCUCCAGCCAGCGCGCCGGGGAGCCGCCGCUGCAGUGCGGCCAGUGCGGGAAGGUGUUCAGCCGGAGCGCCAGCCUCACCCAGCACCGGAGGAGAGUUCACAGCCGGGAGAAGCCCCACGCGUGCGGCGUGUGCGAGAAAGCCUUCGCCCUGGGCACGCAGCUGCUCCGCCACCAGCGGGCGCACAGCGGGGAGAAGCCGUACGUGUGCGGCGAGUGCGGCAAGGCCUUCGGCCAGAGCUCGUGCCUCGCCAUCCACCAGCGGGUGCACAGCGGGGAGAAGCCGUUCGUGUGCGGCGUGUGUGGCAAGGCCUUCGCCCAGAAGGCGCACCUGGGGCAGCACGAGCGGGCGCACAGCGGGGAGAAGCCGUUCGCGUGCGGCGAGUGCGGCCGAGCCUUCGCCUUCAGCAGCCACCUCAGCCAGCACCGGAGAGUGCACCAGCCGGAGCAGCCCUGCCCGCAGCCGGCGCAGGGGCAGCAGAGCCCAGGCCCCCCGGACCCGCGCUGACACCGUCCCUGCCCGCAGCCGCCGCGGGGGCAGCAGAGCCCAGGCCCCCCGGACCCGUGCUGACACCGUCCCUGCCCGCAGCCGCCGCGGGGGCGGCAGAGCCCAGGCCCCCCGGACCCGUGCUGACACCGUCCCGGGCCGCGCCCCUCCUCCUCAGAUACAGCAGCGCCUUUAGUCACGGAGCGAGGAAACGCUGUGCACGUCCGGUCAUGACAAGAAGCCGUGUGCCUGGGGACUCCAGGCCGACCGCCCGAGGUAGCGGCGGCUCCUCCCUGAGUGACCCUGGGGGCGAGCCUCAGGCCUCGGCGGCCUCAUCUGUAAAUGGCCAAGUCACUACCUCAGAGGGCGCUGUGCGGGGCGGGGCAGUGACUGGAGCACUUGGAGCUGUGGUGCGGGUCAGGUUUGUACAAAUA